AUGAACGUGUCGCCCCCAGACCGCAGGAAAAACGUGCGCGAGCUGGCUUUGGAGAUUGGCAUCCGAGUUCUGCUUUUCGGAGUUUUUGUAUUUACCGAGUUUUUGGAGCCCUUUGAGAGAGUGAUUCAACCAGAGGAGCUUUGGCUCUACAAGAAUCCUCUCGUUGUGUCAGACCACAUUCCCAAGAGGGUCAUGUUCGCGAUUUCGUUUCUUACCCCAUUGGCGGUGAUAUUUGUAGUGAAGAUAAUUCAGAGGACGGACAAGACGGAGAUCAAAGAGGCAUGUUUAGCUGUGUCCCUGGCUCUCGCCCUGAAUGGAGUCUUCACAAAUACUAUCAAGUUGAUUGUUGGCAGACCCAGGCCCGAUUAUUUCCAUCGUUGCUUCCCAGAUGGACAAGUAAAUGCGAAGAUGCUGUGUACCGGGGAGCCAGAUCUAGUCUCCGAGGGACGCAAGAGCUUCCCCAGCAGCCAUUCCUCCUUUGCAUUCUCUGGACUCGGCUUCACCUCCUUCUACCUGGCGGGGAAGUUGCAGUGUUUUACGGAUCAGGGUCGAGGGCGUAGCUGGCGUCUCUGUGCCAUGGUGCUGCCUCUCUACAGCGCCAUGAUGAUUGCAUUGUCCAGGACCUGUGACUACAAACACCACUGGCAAGAUGCCUUUGUUGGUGGAGUGAUCGGGUUGCUGUUUGCGUACAUCUGCUAUCGCCAGCACUACCCACCCCUUCUGCACACGGACUGCCACCUGCCUUAUGCCAGUCUGGCUGCCGCUGCCCACACGCCCUCGCAUCCCCAGGACGACCCACAGCCCACUGACAAUGCCACCACCCUGCCCCUGGAGGGCUUGACUGAAGGGCCAGUAUGACUAGUGGCCACCACCGAGACUCCCCCCAACACCCUCACCAAGCCACCGA